AACAAGUACAUGAAAAGAGAGAGAGAGAGAGAGAGAUUUGAAAAAGUGGAGGGAAAGGUUGCAGGAAAAAUGGGGAUCGUGAAUAAGAAAAAGUUGAGAAUUUUUUUCUCUCAGUUGAUUUGAAAAAAAUUGGUAAGAAAAACUUUGAUUGGCCCAAAAAAGUGAAAGGAAUUUCCGUUGUUUGAAACCGUUUGUGUUCAAAUAAGAGCGGUUAUCCCCUGGACUCGUGCAGGAGUGUAGGCAGCAUAGAACUUUUCCGGCAACUGGAACGACCAACGAUGGAUGAAACGUCCGGAAUUGCAGUGAGCGUCUAUGAUUCCCCGGCCCAAGAGGAGGCAGAGUGCACGGCCUCCCCUGCUCCAGUUACGGCGAAGUCCCGGGGUCGUAAGAAGCAGGUGGUGGCUAAACGCAUGCAGAAGACGUUCGCGAGCACGUCGAUGCUUGCCAACUUCCUCCCAACGGGCACUCUCCUGACCUUCGAGAUGCUCCUGCCUGCCGUCUCCAGAGACGGCCUCUGCACUCCGGUGGCCGUCACCAUGACCCACUCCCUCCUCUUACUCUGCUCCUUCUCCUGCUUCCUCUUCCACUUCACCGACAGUUUCCGCGGUUCCGACGGCAAGCUUUACUACGGGUUCGUCACUCCCUCGGGGCUGGCACUCUUCCGCAGCGGCAUUCCGGUAGAGGUCCCGAAGGACGACCGUUUCCGAGUCGGGUUCGUCGAUUUCCUUCACGCGAUCAUGUCGGUGACCGUCUUCCUCGCCAUCGCCUUCUCAGACCACCGCGUCGUCGACUGCCUUCUUCCCGGCCGCCAGCCGGAGAUGAGGGAGUUGAUGGAGGGAAUUCCGGUGAUCGUCGGAGCCGUCUGCAGCACCUUCUUCUUCAUGUUCCCCAACACCAGGUAUGGCAUUGGCUGCAUGCCUGCUUGAGGACACGCAGGGAAUUUCGGGAUCUUCAGUUUCCAUGUGUUGGGAGUGGUUUAAUCAUUUUAAGAAAUGCACAUCUUUAUUCCGUGUCACUGGAACCUGGAUUGCAUCUCGGAUCCAACACGAACACAAAAAUAGAGAAAAGAAUGCAUUUAGUUUUACUCAUUUUCUGAGCGGACGCCAUAAUUUUAUUGCUGAUCAAUGCCAAAUUCCAUGUUCAAAUGAAUCUCAUAAGAAAAAAAUGAAUCAAAUUUAUUGUAAGAUGAUGGUUAUGGCUUUGCCUUGACUUACUGUAUACAAUGAUGCCCCAAAUAAUUUGGCCCAAAUUGGUUCUAGAAGCACAGACUUUGCGUGUUUAUAUCUAUUUAAUUCAACGUUCUUGACUUAAGACAGCCAAAUUCUUUUCUAAUGAACUAUUUUUGCGUUUGUUUUAGAUUUUGCCGUGAGUUUAUUUGGAGUCUCCUGAGGGCUAUGAAUCCCUCUAAAGACAAAGUAUUCUGGUGAAGGUUGAGUUUAUGAGUGUUUAUUUGUACCGCUCUUUAUUGCAUCCUGUACAUGUUUGAUUAUGUCGCUCUAUUUGCUCUAGCACUGGCUCCCAACCAUUUUCUUUCACUUCUCACACGCACCCCCUAGCGUUUCCCGCUAAUAAUAUGAUGAUCCCCUGGUCUGCUGUUCCUGCAAUACGAUUUCUGGCUUCCUUGCUUCCGCAUCACAUGCCGUUCCCAUAUCCAUUUUGCUUCAUGAUAACUAUGAUUUAGACAGCCAUUUCCAAACUCCAACUAUGGGAAGAAACCUAACUACAUCAAAUGCGUAAGGUGUAUGUGUCAUGGUCGCUUAUGUUUAUGAAUAAUUGCAUGUGAAAGAUGGGGCCACAUUUCCAUAUUGUCAGCCUCCUCGAUUGUAUUCGACACAAACAGAAUGUACAAGUUUUGUCUACCAUCGUACGCACUUGAAUGCACCACAGAAGAAAUAAUCCAAAACUAGAAAAAAUAAAGAACAACAAAUUUCCUUCAGUAAAUCAAAAUAAAAGGACUUCC